GUAAUUUCCCGAACCGUAUAUAACUCCUACUUGCUUCUCCUCCGUUCCAAACCCUACUGGUUCCUCCUCUUCACCGCCGGCUGGGUUUCCGAUUGAUUAUAAGGAGCUCUUCCUGUUCGGCAUCCAAUGGCUCCAGCUAAAGGUGAUGUUUCCAAAAAGGGUGACCCAAAGUCACAAGCCUUGAAGGCUGCCAAAGCAUUGAAGUCCGGACCUACUGUUAAGAGAACAGGGAAGAAGAUCCGAACAUCAGUUACGUUUCAUCGGCCUAAAACAUUGAAAAAGGAGAGGAACCCUAAGUACCCUCGUAUUAGUGCUCCACCAAGGAACAAGCUUGAUCAUUAUCAAAUUUUGAAGUAUCCUCUUACGACUGAAUCUGCAAUGAAAAAGAUUGAAGAUAACAACACUUUGGUAUUUAUUGUUGACAUACGUGCUGACAAGAAGAAAAUAAAGGAUGCAGUCAAGAAAAUGUAUGACAUUCAGACCAAGAAAGUGAAUACCUUGAUCAGGCCUGAUGGUACUAAAAAGGCUUAUGUUAGGUUGACCCCAGAUUUUGAUGCACUGGAUGUGGCAAACAAAAUUGGUAUCAUCUAAGGUAGUGUGUCUGGCUUUUUCAGAGUAACAGAUCUUGUUAGUCCUUGAGCUGUUGAAGAUUUAGUUUUGAAGUUGUAAUCGAUUUUGUUACUGUUAGUAGACUUGUUGAUUUGUGGUUAUAACUGCAGUUUGAACCUUGUAGGCUUAAAUUGAAAUCUAGUUCAUAUGGAAACCCGUUUCGCAUGGAAUAUUAUGGUACAUUUUCGUUGUCUUUAUAUGCAAUUGCAUUUCGCAUAUUAAGUGAUGGUUCUGUUCA